AUGUACACACUAUACAUUUGACAUUACAAAUAAACAGAGUUGUGUCAUGUUCCGUAAAUGCUGUUGACCUGCUUGUUAAUAUAGUGCCUUUCAAAACAAGCAUUAGUAUUUGAAGCAGUUUUUUUCUAAUAAAAACCUUUUACCACCUGCUUAUAUUAUUUAACCACGAAAUUAUUAUAUAUAUUUAGUGUCAGACUCAUUCAGCAAGUGAAAACGUGACCCCAUACAUCGAAACAAUGUACAAUGGAUUUUAAAUAAAUAAUUUUAGUUAUUUUAAAAUAAUUAUAUUUUCGUAAAUUUAAGUCUAAUAUCCUUCAAUAUGAAAUACCAAGCAUCUUCUAUGAACACAUUAAAUGAAGAAUUGAAAAUUCCUGAAAAGUACUUGAAAUGGACGGAAGAUAAAAUAUUAGCAAUUGUACACAAAAAAUGGGUGGCUGGCUUUUUAAAUUUGAGUCCUGUUGAUUUUAUCACCCACAAUCAACUUGAUUCAGAUGAAAUAGCAGCUGGGCCUUCCCUCGAUGAAUUGGGGCCAGAUUGGACAAGAGUUUAUAUAAAGAUUUAUAGGAAGAGAUUUAUUAAUGCUCGUACUUUAGCAAAAGAACGAUGUUAUAUUACAACCUCAAAAAAAGGACUUGAGUUAACAUUUGCUCAAGUUUUGCAUUAUGUUGCUACAACAAAUUAUCAGCAUUUGUGGAAAGAUUAUUAUAAAAAGUAUUAUGCUCCUUGGACUACAUUAGAUCAAAGAGAACAAUCAUAUGCAAUGGGAUAUUCUAUUAAUGAUGUUGAAUUAAUGAAAGAGAUAAUAAAUCGUAUGUAUGGUUGCCUUAUAGUAAAAUAUGAAGACAAUCAAUUGACUCUUGUCAAGCAAGCUGAUUCAAGUAAAAUUCACUGUAAUAUGUUACCUGCAAUUUUUGUGGCUGAAACUAAAACGUCUUUUGUGAUAUUUUAUGAACAAACAGCAAAGUACUCUAUACGAGAAUGCCUAACGUAUAGUCCAGCUGCAAUAACUACAAGUUAUGCUAAACCACUUUUCCUAACUUAUCAACUCCUUAAAUUGUCAAGGGAUUUGCGUGAUUGUGGACUUUUGCUUGGAGAGAUUACACUCAGUGAUAUAUUACUUAUGGAUAAUUUUAAUAUACAAGUUUUGCCAAAUUUAGAAGACAAUAUUCAUGUAUUACCGGAAAUAACCAAUAAAGAAAAUUUCAAAUCUAGUGAUAUUAACAGUAUAAAAAAUUAUAAAAAUUUAAACAUUAGUGAGCUCUGUGAAAUGUGGGUUCAUGGCCAAUUAAGUAACUUUGAUUAUUUAACUGCACUAAACGAUUUGGCUGGUAGACGUUAUGGUGAUCCAAGUUGUCAUCAUGUAAUGCCAUGGGUAACUGAUUUUUCUACUCGAGGAGGUGGUAACUGGCGAGAUUUCACUAAAUCAAAAUUCAGAUUAAAUAAAGGUGAUAGACAACUUGAUCUGACUUUUGACACAGAAUCAGAAGAGAUUGGUUAUCAUGUAUCCGAUGUUUUAUCAGAAAUUACUUACUAUGUUUACCUUUCGAGGCGGUAUUCACGAUCAAUUUUAUGCAAGAAUGUGAGACCUUUAUGGGUACCUGGAGAAUAUCCAGCAUCUAUUUCACGAUUGUAUGAAUGGACUCCUGAUGAAUGCAUUCCUCAAUUUUUUACAGAUCCAAGUGUAUUCAAGUCGAUACACGAGGAUUUACCGGACUUAGAAAUCCCUAGUUGGGCGACAUCGCCUGAAGAUUUUAUUGAGAAACACAGAGAAUGUUUAGAAAGUUCCUACGUUUCUGAAAGACUGCACCACUGGAUCGAUCUGACAUUUGGUUACAAACUUUCCGGUCAAGCCGCGAUAAAAUCGAAAAAUGUCUGUCUUCAUCUAGUGGACAAUCACACAAAUCUUUCAAAUUUUGGCGUGGUACAAUUAUUUACUAAUCCUCAUCCGCAAAAAAUCGUUCCAUCUCCGUUUUGGUCAAAAAUGCCUCCAAGAUUGCGCAAUUUCUCCGUCGAUGAAAAACUGAUAACAAGUCUUGACGAAUCUGCUAAAGGAACCAAUGACGAGCAUCGAAGCUCUGGCGACGAGGAAGAAGCCGCUACAACUUCGAAUCCUACCCGUGCAUCGCCUCUGGCUUUCACUCGAUUUUUAAGUAGAUCUAGAAGUUCACUGCCUCUCAUUGAUGACAGCAGCUCCAAAUCUGAAAAACCGAAUGAACAGCCCAUCGUUUUACCUAAAGAAUAUAAUCCGGUAUCGACUCUCAUUCAAGUAGAAACGAGUCAUGCUUUCUUUAACAGAGUUAAUCACAGAGCUUACAAACCCAAGCUUUCUUCCAACAAAAUCAUAUCUAAUGUGAAACAAGCAGUAUUGACAGCUCGAUUGCGAGAGUCUCAGAUAUUAGGAUGUUUAAUUAUCGAAAUAUUCCUCGCUGAAAAGUUUCGAGCUACGUGGAAAGUCGAAAAAAUAUCCUUCGAAGACCGAUUACAUAACAGCCUUAAUUUAAUCAAGACUUCGCCAAUUUUAUUACCUAAGUGCGUCAAAAAUGCUGUAAUGCUAUUGUUGAGGGUCGAUGCAUCUUCAAAUAAUUACAAUAGUGAUUUUUCCGAGACUCAUCCCUGCAGCCGGCCAACUUCGCCAGAGCAGUCUGAUAUGAGCAUAGAGCGAGAUCCUAAAGUCACUUAUAUGGGACUUCCUCCGCCAUCGGCGCAUCAACUUUUAGAACCUGUACUGUCUGGACUACUAUUUCCUUCAACGAAAUCGUUGCAGUACCUUUACAAUGUCGUAGAAAUGAUUCAAAAUUAUAACAAUUUGAGUAGUGAACUCGACCGUGCUACACAAAAUAUCGACGAUGAAAAUUGCCAGGAGUACACUCGAAUCGUAUUUUUGAGUAAAAUAAACGAAUGCAAAGUCAAAGCGAUUGCCAAUGAACUAGAAAAAUUAUUGCCCAAUGCCAGUAUUGCUACUGAGAUGAGUGUUCAACUAAUCGUGCCACACAUCAGACAAAUUUUUGAACAGCCUCUAAGCGUUGUUCUUGCAGCCUGGCACUUGUUUGAUCCAAUAGCGAGAGCCAUUGGUCCUAGAGAAACAGCUAAAGUAUUUCUUAAACCGUUGAUGAAUUUGUACGAUAGAGGCUCAUUGAUGGAUCGCUUGGAACUAUCAAAUAAUUUACCAGCGAAUUUGGUAACCAAAUUCAAGACUGUACGUUUGUAUCAUCGUAGUUUUUUACUCAAACUGAUAGUUCGUCUUGGGUUAAAAUGUUUUUUGGAAAAUUUCAUCACUCCUUUAGUAGAAGCUGUCGGUGGUUACAGAAAUCAUUUGUCCGGCUCUUUGAAUUCUAAUUUUGAAAAAGCAGGAAUUUUAAAAAACUGUCCUUUGACUGUUGAAUCAAGUAAUGCGGAUAAUGUUCUUUCACCUCUCGAUGAAGAUUCGUCUGUUGAAUCGGAAUUCAUACUCUCCGGUCGAAAUGCAUCCACUCCGAAUAAUUCGAAGAAUAAUACAAAUCGUUCGAAAAGUAGUGAAAAUGAAGAAAUUUUUAUGAUGGAAACAGAAGAUAAACUUGAUACUCAGGUAGUCACCGCACAAACACCUCAAAGUCUAGACCUCAACUUAGAAUUUAACGUAGAGUUAGAAGAUUUUACUAACGAAGUUAAGGCAUCAGUUUCUUCUUCAGCUCGAUCACCUGAAAUUCCUAUUCCUCCGAAGGCAUUUGACGGUUCAUCUAAUAAAUUGGUACCAGAGUUAAACAGCAUUUGUUGCAAAGUCGGCAGUACUUCGACGAGUGAAGAUAUUCCCUACUCUACUAUUUACGAAACGCCGAUCCAUGAUUCGAAAUCAGAUAACAGUUUUGGAAACGUCAGAGAUGAUUCCGUGGCCAGUAGUACUGUCGAUCCUGAGCCCUCGUUUGUUUAUGUUCGCAAAGAAGAUAUUCUAAAUAAAAGGGACCUGUCCGGAGCAAGCGAAGAACGUCAGCGUCGCUUCAAUUCCAGUGAAUGCUCGGCUUCGGAAAUGAGUGCAGAGUCAGUAAUUUGGCUAUCUCACAGGCUUGGGCCUGUACUCACAGCUAGGCAUCUUUCCCGAAAUCUGUUAAGAAUGCUGACUUUGUGCUAUUUCUCUCGAGAAAAUCUCACACCCUUACCUUUUGAUAGCGAUACAAGUGACGAUAAAGAGCCAACUGUUGGUCUCCGACUCUCUGGUGAUGCUAAUGCUUCAAAGGUACUGGAGUGCCUUACGUCGAUUGUUGGUUUGUACGGAGAACACACAAUCGUUUUACAAUAUUUUUCGCACAUUACUGAGCUGGUGGCACAAUGUAAAAGAAAACUAACACCCAAUUUGGAAGGUGGACUGAUUUCUUGUAUAGUUUUACUUAUUCAUUUGAUUCCAUACCUUAAUGAUUCUUCGUUAAUGGAUGUUAUACAUGAAGUAAUAGUAAAAUCAAUUCUGUUACCAACAGUACGAAUAUUAUCAACGAGUAGAUUUUCAUUUCCUAAUGGAUCGAUGGCACGAUUCGUAUUGGCUAAUAAGUACCUUGAAAUAUUGCUAAUUUUAAUCAUCCGAUUGGGAAACGUCAUGGCAAAAAAUCACCUGACUGUUCCUAUUCAAAGAUUCUUCAUGACUUUUGAAAAAGUCUAUAAUUUUAAUACGGGCGAAAAACAUUAUGACGUUGAAGUUCGUACUUUGAGAGAUACGUCUGCAAAUCAGAAAAAAAACGAAACCGAUGAUUCAACAUCCCCUUUUAGCAAUGAAGAGCUGAAUGAUCCUGAUUCCAAAAAGCUUAAAGCUUUAAAAGAAGUAAAAGAAGUAUUUUCAGCUUCAUUAGCUCAUAAAGCUUAUGUUGCUUUCUAUCGCCUUUUAAAAGAUGAAAUCAUGGACGAAUUGGUAAAGAAUCAUCAGCUGGUUCGUGAUCUAUUCCAUGAAUUUGAGCAAGAAUUACUUUUUCCAUCCUCAUCAAAUAUAGCUACAGAGAGUAAACAAUUUCUUGAAUACAACGUCAAAGGUUUUGGAAGAGCAGGUGGUCUUGGCAUAAAAGUCAAAGUACAAGAUUUUAUGACUACAAGAUGUCCAUCAGUGGAUGAUUCGGUGGUUCGGGAACCUAGUCCUUUUUUAGCAGCCGGUCGGCAACUCAGGGGUAACUGGUUAGCGUAUUGGGAGCACGAAAUCGGCCGAUCAGACAAAGAUACUAACUUCAACAUAAAACAAAUUAAACUUCAGACGUUCACCGGUCACACAAAUAGUGUAAGGUGCUUGUAUGUACUAGAUAAUGAAAACAGUUUCAUGAGUGGAGCACGCGAUCGCACAAUCAAGUUGUGGAGUUUACGAAGUCAAGGUGACGGCAGCGUAUCCUCUUCCUGCCAAUACACGUACAAUGGACACAAAAAGUCUAUACUCUCGUUAACUUUUUUGGAGUCGUUACGCUACGCUGUAACGUGUGACGGUACCAUACACUGCUGGGACCCGUUUAUGGGUGCUUUCUUAGGUUGUCCUGAGUCCCCAAGAGCAGUGCCCGUCAAUGUCCUAGCAGCUAGUCCGGCGCCGUCUACGAACAUUCUCGUAGCUACAACCGACAUUACAUUGAGAGUUAUCGACUGUCGUACCUUUCAAUAUGUCAAUGAAAUGAAGGUAUCUAUGAGUCCUACAGGUCUGAUCAGAUGCAUAGCUGUUGCACCUAGUGGACAUUGGGUCGCCCUGGGACAAGCCUCUGGCUUUUUGACUAUAUUAGAUAUUCGCACAGGACUUAUAAUUGCAUCGUGGAAAGGGCAUGAAUGCGAGAUACUUCAAUUAGAGACUGUUAAUGAAACAACAAUUAUUAGUUCUUCUCUCGAUCAAACGAUAGCCGUAUGGAGCGCCAUUGAUGGAAAAUUAAAGUUUUAUCUUAAGGGUGUCACGGAACCUAUUCACUGUAUGUCAGUUUAUAAUCAGCAACUGAUAUCAGGCACUACAGCCAAUCGAAUUGGUGUGCAUUCCGCUCUAGAAGCUUCUUCCCCAUUUUCCUUCUCCAAGUUGCGACAAGAUGCUUUCAAAGGAGUUUUGACGUCCAUGGCACUUCUGCCGUUGAAUAGAUUAUUGUUAUUAGGUGCGGAUAAUGGAAAUAUUAAUUUGAUAUGUUAAAAAACUUUCCAUAAGCAAUUUAUUGUGUAAAAUAUGUUUUUAUUAAACACUAUUAAUUAAAUUUUCUUUUAUACAC